CUUAAAGCGGCAAGACGUACAUUUUAGUGUUUAUUUUGAUUACCAAGAGACAAGAUGGUUUUAGAAACGGAACGAGUAGAGAAUGUUCUCGUCGAGUGUAUAGAGUCGAGAAAUGAACAUCAAUUUCAAUACAUCUUAGACGACCUGCGAAUAAAUCCGAACACAAAACUAAAACGCUACAACGGUCUAUCAACAUUUGAAAAAGUUCUUUUGACACCGAAAUCGCAGAAAUUCAUCGAAAUAUGCAUCUGUAACGGCUGUGACUUUUAUAAGAAAAAUUCGGAUGGAAUAUACCCACUUCGUUUUGCCAUCGACUCCCUGUGUGCUGACAACUUGAUCACAAUAUUGAAACCAGCCGAAGAGUCCUUCACACCGUUAUGUGUUGACCAAUUUGUUGCAACUCAAUAUUCCAAGAUCAUAAAUGAAAAGUUGGACGGCGGAAACAACUACCUUCAUUUGUUGAGCAGCAGAAUAACCGAAGACAAUUAUGCCGAAAUUGCGAAAAUGAUAAUGGCAUUGCUUGUGAAUGGAUGCAACAUAAACUGCUCGAAUGAAAAGGGAGAGACGCCCUUCUAUUUGCUGUUGAAAAAUCCGAUUGUGGAAUUGGAUCUGAUCAACUUCAUCAUUGUAAACGCUAGGAUCGAUUAUUGGGCACAAGGCAACAAGGACGUCGGUGAGAUGAUGCGGGACCGAGGUUUUUCGUAUCAAAUGCAUAAGCAAAGGGAUCUGGUUGUUGAUGUCGACUACAUGGCCGAACACAUUAGCGAUUGGAACGAAUUGCAAUUGUCCGACAACAUUGAACUGUGGAAGGAAAAUUCAAAGGAUUUCAAUGACGAGAUCUUGGUGUUGUUAGAAGUGGCUAUCGUUAAAAAUUUGCCCGUAGUUGUCGGAACUUUGAUGAGUCACGGAGCGGAAAUCAAUGGAGUAUCGAAGAACAGCAAAUUCAAAAUGACUCCUGGAUUUUUGGCUUGCACGUUCGGGUGUCAUGACGUGCUCAAAGUGCUUCUAACGGACAAAAACUUGUCAUUCCAGUCCACAAACCUCGAACGAAAUCUGUUGCAACAACUGUUCUCAUCGGAGACACUGGACACCGUUGAUCGUCAGAACACAUUCAAACUGAUCAUCGCCGAUCACCGAUGCACACUGGACAUCAUCAAUCAGACGGAUCCCGAGAACCGUGUCCCAUUGUUUUUCGCAUGCAAGUACGGAUGCGAUGACAUCAUCAAGGAACUGCUGAGACGUGGAGCCUACAUCGGCUACGAAUCGGUUUUGAGUUACAUCAAAAAGGACACGCUGCAAGCGUUUCUAGAUGAGUGCGUCCGAUGUUCCGGCGACAUCACGGACAGAGAUUGUGAGGUUUACAUUGACUACAAAUUCUUGAUACCGCCCGACAGGCAAAAGUCGGAAAUCACACCGAUUCAUUUGAUGUCGUCGAAUCCCAGUUUGGAAGAAUUCAUCUUACAUCCGGUCAUUGCGUCCUUCGUACUGCUCAAGUGGCGGAAGAUCGACUUUGUCGUCUAUUUCAAUCUUCUUCUCUACUUCAGUUUCAUGAUCUUUCUGGUUGUGACCAUAGUCAACGUCUACAAUGUGUCCAAGUCGUCUCGCAACUUCGAUGAUUUUCGUUAUGACCGUGGAUACUGUACCAACGCAUACAAUUUCAACAACAAAUUGUUUGACAUCCCAAUUCACGAAUUUCGAUUCGAGAAGAACGACACCCUCAAUUUAGAGAUCUCAAUCACAAUGCUGCUGUACAACAAUCUGAACACAACCAGGAGAUUCUACGGAAAUGACACGUUGGAACAGAAGAUUGCCAAGAGAGAGAAGCUCGUCUUAGCAAAGGAUUUCGAGGCGGAUGAAAAAUGGAAAUUUUACUUCCGGCAGCAUUUCGCCGAACACACAGUGUCGUAUUGGUUUGGCCUUAUUGGACUGACAUUUCUGGCGGCCUACGAGGUCAUUCAGUGCGCCAUGUCUUUCAAAAAGUAUUUCUUCAAACCGAUCAAUUGGCUGGACAUUUCGCUGAUCGCCGUUGCCUUUGCCAUUCUCAUCGAAAACGUUGAUAUGGGUCGCAGCAAUUUCAAAAAAUGCUCGGCCAUUAUGAUUCUGUUGAUGGGCGGUCAGAGCAUCCAACUGUUUUCCAAAGUGUCCGCCUUUUCGCUGUCCCUGCACAUGGAAAUCUUGAACAAAGUGUGCAAAACGUUCCUGAAAACGAUCACACCGUACAUGAUCCUGAUAUCAGCGUUCGGCAUGAGCUUCUACGCGUUGAAUUACGAUGAGUACAACGGGCUGAUACUGAGAAAAUCGAAUUUGUUCGAAGACAAAUUGGAGGACGGCCACGGAUUUGCCAAUCCGUUUGUGUCGACCAUUUCGACUGUGAGGAUGAUGUUAUCGGAUUUCGAUGACAUUACCAUCAAAAAGGAAGAUCAUUUCCAGGAAUUGCUUUUUCUGGUGUUCAUGAUCACGAUAUCGACAGUUCUGUUAAAUCUGUUGAAUGCAUUGGCAAUUAGUGACACCAAUCAAAUGAUGGAAGUGGCUGAAUUUGUCGAAUUGAAGAAACGAAUUUCCACGGUACGUAGCUACGAAACGCUGUACUCGUUCUUCAAAGUGACGUACGCAAACUUGUUUCCCGAUGUGUUUACUAUAAUGCUGACACCGACCAAAGACAAUGCUGUCAAAAUCAAGCGACGAAUACAAAUGUCCGACAAUCUAACCAUUAUCAUGCAAAAGACCGGUAAGGUCUCCGAUUUUGAGUACUUCUAUUGCAAUCGGAUAUUUCGGACGAUACUGCGACAGCCUCUCAGAUUUGACGAGAAACUGAUGACCAAAAUAGUAGACUUUGUCAAAGACAGACAGGAAAAUCAAAAUUGUGAAAGCACGAAUCAACUCGACUGUUUCAAAGACGAGCUCUGUGCGAUGAUUCGAGUGGCGCAGGAGGAUAUGCAUAAGGAAGUUCGAGUGGUACAGGGCAUGCAUGAAGAAAUGUCACAAAUUUUUAGCCAAAUAAGUCAUUCGACGAAACUAUGACUACUCGAUUGAACAUUGGUAGCAUAUACAGCACCACUAAUCUAAGUGCCUUAUAACGUAAUUAUAACUUUACAUAAAGAAAGCAAAUACAAACUAUCAGUGACGUUUACAU